AUGAGUAGCGGAUCUGAUAGUGACUAUGCCAAGUAUUGGAUUGACUGGUUUUUGGAAACAAAAGGAAAUGAAUAUUAUUGUGAAGUUGAUGAAGAAUACAUUUUAGAUCGAUUUAAUCUUACUGGAUUAAAUCUCGAAAUUCAACAAUAUUAUGCUGAAGCAUUAGACAUGAUUACUGAUAAUUUGGACGAAGAAAAAUAUGAUGACAGAACAAGAGAGCUAAUUGAAAGGACUUCUCGUCACCUAUAUGGAUUAAUUCAUGCUCGUUUUAUUCUUACAACUCGUGGUUUAGCAAAGAUGUUGGAUAAAUAUAAAAAGGCAGAGUUUAGUCGUUGUCCUCGCGUGCUUUGUCAUAUGCAGCCUUUACUUCCUGUUGGAUUAUCUGACAUUCCAAUGACAAAAACAGUUAAAUUAUAUUGUCCUCGAUGUGAAGAUAUUUAUAAUCCUAAAUCGGCUCGUCAUGCCUCAAUUGAUGGUGCCCAUUUUGGUACUUCUUUCCCUCAUAUGUUAUUCCAAGUUCAUCCUAAUUAUUUGCCUACAAAGUCAAUUGAACGUUAUGAACCUCGUAUCUUUGGAUUUAAGAUUCACCAGAUUGCUGAACAGCAUAGAUGGCAAGAUCGUGCCCGUGAAGAGUAUGAAAAGAAAUUAAAAGAAAAACAAGAAACAGCAUAA